GACGAAACUCAUUUUCUAUCGUCAGAAAAUGUUGCUCUGUGUCGGUAUUCCGGAAUCCCAGUGCUGUAGAGUGUGUGGAGAUCGGGCGUCUGGCCGCCACUACGGAGUGCUCUCCUGCGAUGGCUGCCGGGGAUUCUUCAAGCGAUCGAUUCGUCGGAACCUCCGAUAUUCAUGCAAGGAAAGUGGCGAUUGUGUGAUUGAUGUAACACGGAGAAAUCAAUGUCAGGCUUGCCGCUUUCAGAAAUGCAUCACAGUUGCCAUGAAUCGACAUGCCGUCCAACACGAACGCCUGGGAGCGCCGCCGGAGCCAAAACCCACACAGACACUUAUUAAAGCCAAACGAAUUAGAAAACCUGGAAUUCCGGAAGUAAUCGACCCGAUAUCCGACCCAAUCAGUUGCCUAUCAGCUGUGAUCCGAUGGUGGUCAUCACUUCCACCAGCCAACGGGUUCCCAGCUUCCGAUCGCAGGAUAAUAUUCUCAAAUUGUUGGCAUUCCUUAUUUUUAUUUCAUGUUAUUUGCCAGUCGGGCACCAGUUUGGUUAAUGAUUGCAAUAAUGAAAAACUCCGAUCUAUAAGUAAGACUAUAAAGGCUUUGAAUUUAAAUGUCGUGGAGCAAUGGGCGAUUACAGUGAUAAUUAUUUACAGAUCAGAAGAUGGACGUUUAGAGUCCAAAUCGGAAACCCUCUCCACCCAAAUCGGUGCAAUGCAAAUUCUGGCGGAAAACCACGCGGCUCGUGUUUUCCAGUCGCGCUCUACAAGAUGUGCUCAGCUGCUGCUCAUCCCGUUAACCAUAGCUCAAAUCGCUGAAACUGAGAUUCGUGAAGCUUUUUUUCCAGAUUGUUCUGUUUUGGACACUGUUUGCCGAAUGGCUGUUCAUUAGGUUGUAUGUUGGAAAAUGGAAAUAAAAUUUUUUUACUAUU